AACUUAAUACCACCAGAUGCGUCAAUAACAAAAGUGGAACUUCGAAAGAAGUAUCUAUAAAGCAAUAAUUUUAGUCAUUUAAAAUGUAGAAAAUAAUAUUUUUAAUUGAAGCAUAAAGGGAACCGAAAUAUUUUUUCCCUCUCUCUUUCUAUCGUAUAACAACAGUCUCUGUCAUAAAAGCGUCUUGUCCCAUAUUAAACUGUUUGGGUUUGGUUUUCUCUUGAAAUGAAAAAAAUGGUUUGUAAAAUUACAGUUGAUCUCAACGUGAAAUAAAGAUAUUGUUUCGGCUGAUAUACCCUCCAGCCUUCAUCAGGUGUCUUGGAGAAAUUUCGAACCUGAGUUUUCAUCCCUAAGAUAUUAAUGAGAAUGAGCUGACCUUUUGAACUUUCUCUAAACGUUGAAGGUCUAACAGAAUUAUGGCGCCAAAGCCUUCAAAUAUGUAGAAAGUUUGAAACAUCACCGAAGAACAAGUUCUGCGAGAAUCUUGUUAAACAUUUCUAUUUUAAUAAUGUCCUUGACCUUCGCUCCAAGACAAAAAAGCAACGUAACGUUAAACAAAAUCGAAGUACAGGAAAUGAAUUAUCAGGUUACGAAAAGGCUUGGAGGAAUAAUUCCUCCAAUUGCUCAAAAACUUCAUCAGCAACAUAUUGAAGGUGUUGUGGAGAAGGCUUUUGAAGAAGCAAAUGUUACCUUGGAGGAUGUGGAUGCUAUUGCUGUUACAGUUAAACCCGGACUCUCCCUGUCACUGGCUGUUGGGUUGCAGUAUGCUAAAGAAUUGGCAAAAGAAUAUCGUAAACCCAUUAUACCAAUUCACCAUAUGGAAGCACAUGCCCUCACUGUCCGCAUGAAGCAGCCGGUGAAUUUCCCUUUCCUGGUGCUUUUAGCCAGUGGAGGCCACUGCCUGCUUGCUGUUUCUAAGUCUGUGAAUGAGUUUGCUUUGUUAGGCACCACCAUGGACAAUGCUCCCGGUGACGUUUUUGACAAAGUUGCUCGUUCAUUAAAACUGAAAAACCUUCCUCAGUGCUACGGUUUGAGUGGAGGUGCAUCAGUUGAACUUUUAGCUAAGAAUGGACAGCCCCAUGCUUUUGAAUUUCCUCAGGUCAUGUUGCAGUCGCCUGACUGCAACUUUUCAUUUAGUGGAUUUAAUUCAAUGGCCCAUCGAUAUAUCAGUUUGGCUGAGAAAGAUCAAAAUAUCAAAGGGGAUGCUAUUAUAGCCAACGCAGCCGAUCUCUGUGCCUCAUUCCAGUUGGGUGUCUUGAAACACUUGGCAAAAAGAGUCCAGCGAGCUCUGCUGUUUUCGGAAAUUACUGGACUUCUAGGAAAAGAAAAAACAUUGGUUGUGUCCGGAGGAGUGGCUUGUAAUCAAUUCUUAAUCAACAAUUUACGAAAAGUCUGUGAAGAAUAUAAUUGUUCUCUUUACUGUCCUCCUCCAAAGCUUUGCACAGAUAAUGGUAUUAUGGUUGCUUGGAAUGGUGUUGAAAAGUUGGCCCGGGGAAUUGGUAUUGCUAAAGAUCUUGAGCAGAUUGAAAUUGAAGCAAAGUCUCCUUUAGGUGAAAAUCUGAGUGAAGAAGUUUCAAAAGUUAAAUUGAAACUAGAAAGAUUAAAAUUUGAUGUUUGAAAUGUGUGUUUGCUCUUCGAGAGAGAGAUUUUCCAUACCUCCCCUGCCCUCAGUUCUUCUUGAUUAGCUUCAAGACCCUGCUUUUGUUAAAUGGAAACUUGCUAUCAAGUGUGAAGUUGAAGGACUGCAAUAUUCCAAGUUUGUCAGCAGAAACAUUAUCUUGAACUAUCAAACGAACAAUAAUGUUCAUAUGACUCGUUUUUUUUUUUGUGGGGGGGGGGGGGUGAAGCUAUGACUUUGCUCUGUAUAUUUUUACAACUUUUUUUUUUAAUAAUUUAUUAAAAGGUAUUUUGUAUUUA